CAUAUCAAUAAAAAGUUAAUUUAAAGUCUAUCAGUGACGCUAUUUAAAUGCUUUAUUUCAGAGAUGUCAGACGACACAGAACUCAGCACGUACUUGCAGAGAUUUAUUCGGUAUAUAUGUAGUGUCUGUGAGGGCCACUGUUGAAAUGUAAAUUUGUAGAUGUAAACUGGAGACAAUGCAAGGAAAUGGGAAGCCCCUUCUCUAUAGUCCAGGUUUCCAGAAGUUUCCCGGAGAACCGAUGUGAGGGUAGAGGCACUGAGCUUGUUAAAAUUCAGUUUAAAUUUCAGAGCUAUAUAAACCUAUUUGGCAUUUUGGGCACAGGAAUAGGGGGCUCCGAAAGCAAUGGCUGAAGCAAUACCUCUCAGAGAAAAGAAACAGAAAACUCUUCCCCGGUCCAACGGGUGUGGUCUCUCUGGCAGCGAUGGUCUGGAUUCGUCUGGAGGGCUGAGGAUAGUUCUGGUGGGCAAGACUGGAUCUGGAAAGAGUGCUACAGGAAACACAAUAUUGGGCAGAGCUGCCUUCAAAGAGGACCCCAGCCCUAUUUCUGUGACCCAACACUGUGAGACGCAGAGCGGGGUGGUGGACGGAACCAAGGUCCAAGUCAUAGACACUCCAGGGCUGUUUGACACAGCUGUCUCUGCGGAAGAAUUAAAAACAAAAAUAGAGGAGUGCGUCAAGUUGUCAGUUCCUGGCCCACAUGCUUUCCUGUUGGUAAUCAGACUUGGAGUAAGGUUCACAGAGGAGGAGAGAAACGCUGUUAAGUGGAUCCAGGAGAACUUUGGAGAUGAUGCCUCCAUGUACACAAUCAUGCUGUUCACAUGUAAAGACCAGGCGAAGGCUGACAAUGCUCUGAAGGAGUGCAAGGAACUACGGAGGCUGUCCAUCACGUUUGGACGCAGAUACCACGCCUUCAACAACAACGACGCAGAUGACCGCAUCCAGGUGGAGGAACUGGUAACCAUGAUCAAAGAAAUGAUACAAGAAAAUGGGGGUAAACACUACACCAACGAGAUGUACGAGAAAGCGCAGAGAAAGCUAAGAGAGGAAGAGGAGAGGAGGACAGAGGAGGAGGAAAAGAAGAAAGAGGAAGAGAGAAAAAUGUGGGAUGCUGAGAGGGAGAAGAUAGAAAAAGAGAGGGAGAAAGAGAAAAAGGUUCGCAGAAAGAAUAUACGUGUGGCAUCAGCAGCCGGUGUUGUGUUGGUGUUAGCUGGAGUGGUCAUAGCAAUAGGAGCAGAUAAAACAGUGGCCCUGGCUCUAGGAGCUCCAGCACUCAUACUAGGAGUAUUCUGUGGUUUAGCUGCGAUUUGCAUAUGGAAAAGACUCAGCUGCAAAGCUAGAAAAAAUGCUCCCGUAUAAAUAAGUGCAGUUACAACCGUUUAUAUGUGAUGCAUUCUACAGCAGAAAUUACAGCAGCACCCCUCACGAGGUAUUAGUAAUACAGACAUUACGGUUACUUGUAAGGCUGAGAAUGUUGUUGUUUUGUCCUGCUCUUCACUUCCCAGUUUUUUUUACACUAACACCAAUGCAUCACAAUAAGUGUAUGUUCAGUAAGCUCAUGGAUAAGCGAAAAGACUGUUUUCUAAUAAGUCAAAAAGCUUUUGAUUGUUCACCUGUUUAGAGAAUUCUCAUAAGACUUCAUCAUUAAAUGCCUAUUAAAUGUGACUGUUUGAAAUGUUGUCAUUAUUUCAACAAACCUGUUGUUUGACAUGUUGAUUUUUUUUGACUAGGGAUAUCUGACAAUUUUGCUAGUAUCAUGUUAUCAAUUUAAUAUUUAAUAAAUUAUGUAGAAUGUCAUCAAAGAUAUUCCUAAUAUUGAUCACUUUGUGCUUCCUUAAAUGGAUGUGAUGUGAGGUGUUGUUUCCCGCUCUGCUUUUUUCUGAACAUUACAUACUGACUUCCUUUAAGGAAAUGGCAGAC